AGCUCAUCAGCCUGUGUUAGAUUGCCAUUGUACUUUCUGGCUGGUAGCCUUUGAUCGCCAUGUCGGAAACGGAGACUGACUCCGACUUCGAGAAGCAGGCUUUCACAAAAGCCUAUUCAGCCCAUGAGUCGACUGUGGCGCUCAAAGAAGCUGGAGUCGAAGUUGUGGUGGAUUACGAGCCCACACAGUUGUCCACAAUCAUGCUCUUCUUCACCAUGAGAGGAACGGUCUUUACAAGUCCCGCGCUGUGGGUGGAGCAAUUUGUGAUUUUGGCUCUCUUUGUGGGAAUGGCAGCCGCUGUUCAUCACUUUGGCAUUCACGAUGAGGCGACCUCGAAAGAGGCUGGCAGUUUCGCUGACAAGAUGGCAACUUUGGCGGCCUUUUUGCUGGGCUUCUACACCUCGCUUACGGUGAGCCGUUGGUGGCGCCUGCGCACAGAUGGCGUGGGGAACAUUUGGUCAAGCGCCUCCCAGCUCAGCCUCUUCAUCUCGCAGUUCGUGACGCGGGAUCCCCAAAUCCUUGGAGCGUUGCGGCGCUAUGCACGGGGCUCCUUGUCGUUGGUCUUCUUGAAGAGGCGAUACGGUGCAGACUUUGUCCGAAAGUUGGACAAAUUGGUGGACGAUGACAUUUUCACUUUGGAUGAGGUGGAGCAGCUACGGGCCUACAACUCGAACUUGGCCGAGAGUGUGUGGACCUGGGUGGCGCAUAUUGUGGCUGAUCUUUACAAGAAAGGCCAGAUUAAGUCCGAGAUGAUGUUGACGUUUCUCAUGGAGAGAGUGAAUCUUGGACGUGGUGGUGCAGCACUCAUUGGAGCACAGAUGGGAACUCCCAUUCCCCUGCCUUAUGUGCACUUCAUUGGCUUCUUGGUGAAGAUCCACAACAUUAUUCUGGGUUUGUCCUACGGAUACAUGAUGGGCACCACUUGGAAGAUGGAUCACUUCAGUGUGAGCCAAGUCUUCCUAACUUUGAAGGUCUUCUUCAUUCCCCUCUUGUACAACGCAAUUUUGCUGGUGAAUGCCAGCCUGGCGGAUCCUUUCAGCGGAGAGGUGAAUGACUUCCCCUGGCAGAAGUAUCAGAAAGGCAUUGAAUCUGAUGGCUUCAGCUAUAUCCAGGCGGGUGAGCACUUGCCUAUGUGGAUGAAGUAGAGCAGAGCUCUGCGCCUCACUCGGCGCCAAAGUGUAUGAGCAAUUGUGACUGUUUUCUUGGACUAUUUUCAAGUUGAAAUGCAACGCGUUCAAGCUCCAAAGUUCUCACCAACUCUCAGCAGUUGGAAGUGUGACUUACCGAAUGCCUGAGCUUUACG